AUGGCUCUUCUUCUGAUCUUUCUGCUCAUGAUUACAGAAUCAGCUCAGUGUUGUAGAGGAGCUGCUGGAGUUAGAGAGGAGAGAAGUGAAGCUGUAAGCUACAGUAACUCUGACUGUCUUAUGGGCUCCAGACUCUGUAAUCAGCUCUUUCAUGCAUCAUAUGUUUCAGGAGCUUUUGGAACAGAGUGGAGUGUGAAGUACAACCAACAGGAAAUAUGUGCUUUAAAAGGAUCCACAGUGUUUAUGAAUGGAACUUAUACUCACCCAGAAGGUCUUACAGUUACAGAGACUUUUUGGUUCAUAGAUCUAGUUCCAGGGGUGGGUCUGACUGAUCUGAGUAAAAACCCAGAUUAUUCAGGCAGAGUUGAGUAUUUAGCUGAUGAACAGAAACCUUUCUCCCUCAAACUGAGUGAUGUAAUGAAGAAGGAUGAACAUCAGUUCUGCUUCAGAAUCAUAACAAAUGUAAAUAAAGAAAAAUGGCAGGGUAAACCUGGAGUUCAGCUCAGAGUUACAGAGCUCCAUGUGGAAACUCCUGAAGAAGUGACAGAGGGAGAAACAGCAGAUCUGACAUGUAAAACCACCUGCAGUCUGACUGACCCAACAUUCAUCUGGUACAAAAAUGGACGUCCUUUAACCACAAAGACCAUCAAGAACAACCAGCUCCACCUGCAGACAGUCAGCAGUGAGGAUGCAGGCAGUUAUAGCUGUGCUGUAAGAGGAUAUCAACAUCUCCAAUCUACUGCUCACAACCUCAGAGUCAGAUAUCCUCCAAAGAAUGUCUCAGUGUCCAUCAGCUCCUCUGGAGAUGUGCUGGUGGGUUUUUCAGUGAAUCUUACCUGCAGCAGUGAUGCAAACCCACCUGUGGAGAACCACAUGUGGUUUAAAGAAGGACACUCAGUGAUUCUGUAUUCACCUGCUGGAGUCGGACUUUGUGAGGUUGCAGUUUUUCUGACUGUUUUUUUCUGGAUGAGGAGGAAGAGGCAGAGCAGAAAUAUGGAUGACCCAGACUAUGUGAACACAGGACUCAGAGUCAAGCCUCCUGAUGACGACUCUUGCAGUGUUAAUGUCUAUGAGAACAUGACAAAAGAAGUUUUUAGAGGUCCGGCUCCUGAUGACGACUCAUCCAGUGCUCAAGACUACGAGAAUAUAACAAACACAGGUCUCAAUGCUCCUCCUCCUGAUGAUGACUCAUCCAGUACUGAUGACUAUGUGAAUAUAACAGACGACUAUGAGAAUGUAACACUGGACACAGAGGACAUUCAGUAUGAGACCUAUAUAAAGUAUCUCUGCAGAGGAGAAUGUUCUACUCUGCAUUGGGGAACCAAAGACAUUCCUGCUCAGUCUGGAUCUGCUGAAGAUCAGAGAUUCUCUCUGGAUGACCACACAGCAGACAGAGUCUUCACCAUCACCAUCACUGAUCUGAGAACAGAGGAUGAAGGAACAUACUGGUGUGGGAUACAGAGAACUAAAGCGCUUACUGAUCUUUACACAGAGAUUCUAUUACUGGUUAAACCUGGUGACAUAACUGCUGUCUCUCACUCCACAUAUUCUCCUCCAUCAGUGCAGACACAAUCCACACCUCUCUCCAGUUUUCCAUCCCCAGAAAGUUCUGCUGACAGUGUUCCACUCUUCCACUCCACUCCACCCCUCACCAUCGGUACAUCUGUCGGGCCAUACAAAAAGGGGCUGGCAGGUGGUUUGUACAGGGAGGUGAUGGAAAGCAUGCAGAACAUGAUGGUCUCCACGUUUGUGUCUGAGCUGUGGACAUGGUCUACACCCUGUUCACCAACUUGCAUCUUCAAGCACAACUCCAACACAAUUAUGAAGUUUGCUGAUGAUACAACAGUAGUGGACCUCAUUAAAAAGAACAUGGAGGAGUAG